GACCCGAGUAUUCAACCCAUACGCAACCCUAUAAUAACUUCUUGUUUGUGGAGCUCUGUUGCUAUUCAUUCUCUUUUCCGACGUCGCUCUUUCUGUUGCAGUACGAAAAUGCCUCGAAGGCCAAGAAGGCAUUGCCAACGACUCAAAUCUUUGCCUAUUACAUUCUCCCCUUUUGCUCGUGCUCUUGCUCGUAUGGCCUCUUUUUCUAUGAACAAGCUUCCAAUACCAGACUCCGAAUUUAUUCAAAAACCCACCCCUAGCUCUCCUAGUAAUGGAUUUAUGAAGCGCGCGUUGGAAGAGCAACCAGAAAGGCCCGAGUCAUCUGAUGAGGAGUUUAAUGGAGUUGUCCAGGCAGAUUUUUCCUUUUUUGAUCCUAAACCUGAUGAUUUUCAUGGAGUGAAGACCUUGUUGCAAACUUACCUCGAUGAUCAAGAAUGGGAUUUGACUGGCUUUGUAGACUUGAUUUUGGGACAGACCACCGUGGGGACUGUUGUCAAGAUAGAGGAUGACGAGGAUGAAGGACUUUUUGCUGUUGUUACUGCUCUUAAUUUAUGGAGAUAUAGGGAGCAAAGAUGUAUUAUGACACUCAAGGACUUUUUCCUCCUUAAAGCGUGCCAAGAGAAGGGUGUUGCUGAUCAAUUAAAAUUACUUUUGGGGGAACAAGCCCAUAAUGUAGGUCUCCUGGUAUCACAGCGCGUGGUGAACCUCCCUCCCCAGCUUUUGCCACAUCUUUAUGAUGCCCUUUUUGAUGAAGUGUCAUGGGCCACAGAAGAUGAGCCAACAGAGGACCUCCAGAAUUCCUUCCAGUUUAAGCAUUAUAUAAUACUUAGCAAAAUUUACAAGCACAAGAAUGUACAACAGAAAAGAAAACUCGGCAAUGAAAGUGAUGUGGCGAUAAUGUAUAUAAAACCUGAGGAUGAAAUUUUUCACAAGUUAAGCUCUUGGUCCUUCUGUUUUCCGUUGCAAACUCAGAAGCUUACAUCUCAUGAGCUGAGGAAUUACAGGUCAAUGGGAUUAGUCAUGGCUGUUGAGGCAGACAAAAUUCCAACAUUUCGUGAAGAAUUAGUUUCUUUAAUAAAUGAAACCUGAAGGCAACGAGAAGCUUCCUGAAUUGUUUAUUAUAUAAUAGAAUCUUAAUACUUUUCUGAAGCUUCCCAUGUAUGAUUCAUGUUAUUUGAGUUGUCAAAUUUUGUUUUUGUUUCUUUUUUUAAAAAAAAAAUUGUAUGUAUGAUUCAUGUUGUUUAUGUAUUGAAGACAUCACUCUUUGUAUGCUUAGUGAAAUUGCA